AUGAGAACUCAUGAUCUGGGGCAAUUAAAGACAAGAUGGUUAGGCUACUCAGCAAGCACUCUAUUAAGAUAUUUCUUUACGUCUGCGGACGUUGAGGACAACAGGUUGAGAGGAAGCUGCUCGGCCGGAGGAAGAGACAUUUUACCAGGUAUUUUACGUAGUCAAGGCCCUUCAAAGGCUGGAUUGAGCAAAGUCAGUUUGAAUGAAAAUGACAAUCCGCCAGCAUCUAAAGGUCCAAGAGCAGACAAUACAGAACAUACUGCGAAGGAUUCAGAGGUGAUCCGAGCAAGUACAAUCUCUGAAGCAUGUGAGCAAGAUUAUCAUGCCGUCAAAGCCGAAAAACUGUUGAAGAGACGAGCCCUGUCCUAUGAUAAGCUGCGGACUCAGCCUAAGGCUGCAAGAGACCCUGAACAUCAUACAACUAAAGUGGUCAGCUUAGCGCUGCUUGAGUACUAG